UUUGUUAUAAUGCAAUUAUAUCGGUGCUGGAUAUUUUUUCUAUCGUGCUACUAUAUUUGAUCCCCUUGCUGCAAACUGGAUUAUGCUUGCCUUACAGCUAAUCAGAUUGGUUUAAUGUGAUUAGGUUGGUAUGGCUGCAAAUUUGAGGGAUUUUGUGCUUACUGAUUUUGAAGGAAAAGAGAGGAAAGGAUCUGAAGUUCUCUCUUUUGGUGGUACACCUGUUGGUUAUGCUUUAUGCCCCACAGAAACGGUCAAUUAUGUUUCUGCUCAUGAGAAUGAAACCCUCUUUGACAUUAUCAGUUUUAAGACUCCGGUGGAAAUAUCAGUGGAAGAUAGGUGCAGGAUGAAUCAUUUUGCAACAAGUAUAAUUGCACUGACACAGGGAAUACAAUUUUUCCAUGCCGGGGACGAAAUGCUUCGCUCAAAAUCACUUGAUCGUGAUUCAUACAACUCCGGUGAUUGGUUCAAUAGGUAUUCUUCGCCUCUUUUCCGUCUGAGGACAGCAAAUGCUAUCCAGGAACGAGUACGGUUCCUCAACACUGGUCCAUCAUGGGUCCCCGGCAUCAUUGUGAUGAGCAUUGAAGAUGGUAAUGAAGGUGUCCCAGGGCUCUCUCAAUUAGAUCCCAUCGUUUUGUACAUUGUCGUCGUCUUCAAUGCAUCUCCGACGGAGGCAUCAUUCAGUAGCCCUACACUGCGAGGAAGGACUCUUCAGCUUCAUCCUAUACAGUUAAGAAGUCAUCGUACGAUGCAUCCUCAGGGUGUUUCACCGUGCCAGGGAGGACGACAUCCGUGUUCGUUGAGCCUAGAAAAGCAUGAGAAGUUUGCGGUCCUGAAUGUGCCUGGAAAUAGCUCUUCCACUUGGAGGGGCCUGCUGCGUACCAGAAAUUUGAUUAAAAAAGGUUGCAAAUGGCAAAUUAAGUCUGGCGCACAAAUCAAGUUCUGGCAAGACUGGUGGGUAGGAAAAGAACCAUUGAAAAAUUUAUACCCCUUAAUGGAUAAUCCGAUCAGAAAUGAAGUGGUAGCUCAAAACAUUAAUGAGAAUAAAUCAUGGGAUAUUCGGGAGAUUUAG